AUGCUUCAUCCCUCCGGGUCUCCUUGUAUCCCUUGGAAUACAUUGACCUCCAUUCGCACUCGACAAUUGGACUAUUUUCUCCUUGUUUGUUUUUUGAUUGUUAUAAAUGUCGUCCGGAUACCGGCCCCUCCUCCUCCUGUGAUCCCUAAUUGGAACCCUCGCAGAACCGACGACCAACGCAACCGGCGUAAUCAUAGAAUCGGUUAUCGUCCCGGUCCGCUCUGGUCCUAA